UCCCUCCCUCCAAGCUCCCGGCUUCGUUCUCCUUUCUUCCUCUCUCUCCACAAGGCCAUAUCCACCCGCGGACGUCAAAACAACCUACCCGAGGUAGUUUGAGCGCUGCGGUGCGGGGAGAGGGUUCCGGCCGGCCAUGGCGACGGCGUUCAAGGCGUUCCUCAACAGCCCCGUCGGCCCCAAGACCACCCACUUCUGGGGACCCGUCUCCAACUGGGGCUUCAUCCUUGCGGGCAUGGCUGACAUGAACAAGCCACCUGAAUUGAUAUCCGGCAGCAUGACAGCAGUCAUGUGUGUGUAUUCUGGCCUGUUUAUGAGGUUCUCAUGGGUGGUAAAUCCUCGGAAUUAUUUUCUCUUGGCGACCCAUGCCUCCAACGAAAGCGUUCAGCUCUAUCAGUUAUCUCGCUAUGUUAAGGCCCAAGGGUACCUAGAGAAGAAAGAGCCUGAGGCCCAACCGUAACCAUGGCAGCGCGGACACCUCUGUCACUCUUUCAACGAGAUCAUUUGGAUUCUGACGCUCUAUAAUGCUCAUGAUGUUACCUGUUUCUGCAUAAAGAUCAUGUCGCAUAGAAACCUCAAUCAUACCUGUGUAGCUUUGGAACUUCUAGUUCAUGAAACAAUGAAUAUGAUUACGCAUCUAUCAAAAGUUUACAACACGCUCUACACAAAGCUA